AUGACAACACAGGAAGAGGUUUCGAACAUCUUCAACAGCGACGGCAAGCUGCUGCAAAUUGAAUACGGCCUGGAGGCAGUGAACAACGGGCUGCCUGUUGUGACUGCCAAGUCCAAGGACAUGAUUGUCUGCGUGUCGAAAAAGAUUCCUCAGGACAAGCUCGAGGAAUCUGAGGCCACGAGCUUCCACAGAGUGUCUGAGAAAUGUUAUGUGGCAAUUACCGGACUUCCAGGAGACACAGACUAUGUUGUAAAGAGGAUUAAGAUGGUUGCAAACAGGAAGGCAUUUUCGUUUGGGUUUGAGGUGACACCAGACAUCCUCUGCAGAUCGUUUGCAGACAAGGUCCAGCAGCUUAUCCAGAGCUCUGCAGAGAGGUCGGCUGCAUUCAAUGCCUCUAUAUUUGGCUUUGACAAGGAAAGGCCGAUGAUCUAUCAAACAGACAUGUCUGGGAUUUCGUAUCCUUGCUAUGCGACUGCGGCUGGGGAAAAGCAUGGGAAGAUGACUAAGUUUAUUGAAAAGAACUAUCGCAGCGACAUAGACGACAAGGAGCUUUUUGAGGUGGCUGUCGGUGCACUGCUUGAGUCCAUUGGAGCGGACUCCGGAUGCUCCGAAGUUGAGGUUGCCUAUCUAAAAGUGGGCCAGGAUCUGUGCCAUCUGUCUGCGAAGGAAGUAGAUAAGAUCCUACAGGACAUAGCAGAAAAAUAA